AUGCAGGCUCAAGAGGAGGUCAACAACACCCUGCCUAAUGGCUGGGUGUCCGUCUCGGAGCCGAACACACUCCCCACGUCCACAGUUCCUCCCGCUGCACCAACCAGUCUUCCUGCGGAUGAGCCCAAACUUCCCACCUAUGCUGCAGCUAUUUCCGAUGCUGUCGACCUAGCAGAUGCUCCUCUUUUCUCAGAGUCACUUAUCAGUGCAGAAGUGCUCGCGGACCUGCCAACGGGAUACUCAAUCCGGCCCUUGAGACGAAGUGACUAUAAUGGCGGAUUCCUGCCGACUCUGCGCGUUCUCACCACUGUCGGUGAGCCCACUCUGGCUGAGUUCAACGCCCGUUACGAUUUCAUGUCGUCUCGCAACGACACAUACUAUAUUUUGGUUGUGUGCGAUGAAUCAUCAACAGUUGUGGGUACUGGCGCCGUAAUCGUGGAGCGGAAAUUCAUCCACAAUAUGGGACUCGUUGGCCACAUUGAAGAUAUUGCUGUGGCCAAAAAUCAGCAAGGCAAGAAAUUGGGACUGAGGAUCAUUCAAGCUCUCGAUCACGUCGCAAAGGAGGUCGGUUGCUAUAAGAGCAUCCUCGACUGCAGCGAAGCCAACGAAGGCUUUUACGUCAAAUGCGGCUUCAAAAGAGCUGGCCUAGAAAUGGCUCAUUACUACGAAGGCCCAAAGUCCAGUUACGAAAGAUCAUAA